GAGAAGGAAGGAAGGAGGAAGAGGAUGAGCGCUGUGUAGAUAAUGUUUCUCUAUGUAGCCUGUAAUUUACACCUGCGAUGAUUUAAAGCAAAGCAAUACAGAUCCAUCUCCAAAAGCCAUAAAGCAUUCCGCAAAUGUGAUGCACAAAUUUGCACAAUCAAGGCGACAUCGCGCUUAUAUUGAGUGGAUGUUAUAAUUAAACUCUCCGCGAACGGAUAUUGUGUUUAUUUUCUUCGGGUCGGUCCUGCUGGAGCUGCACCGGGCCUUUGCUAUGCAGUAAUGGAGCAGCUAUUAUUUCUUAUAAUUUUCUACUUGCUUCCUACUCUCAUCUCGUCCAUACAUAAUUCAACGACCGGAGGAUGUGCAAUCAUUCGUCCCCCCAGAGACGGAGGGAUUCGCUACAGAGGACUCACUCAGGAACAGAUCCGCAAUGUGCAGAUCUUGCCAGAAGACUAUGAGAUAGAAUAUAUCUGUAGAGGAAGUAGAAUUAUUGUGGGGCCCAAGGUCAGAAAGUGCCUCCACAAUGGUACCUGGACUGACAUGAACCAGCUCAGCAGAUGCUUAUUGGUUUGCCCGCGUUCCUGGAUGUCUCUGGAGAACGGGAGGGUGGCGCUGCAGCCCCCAGGACAACCAGUAGAGGGCACUGCUCUUCACUACAGCUGUCAUGCUGGCUUCCUAUUGGAGGGUUUCAGUAUCUCACACUGUACCAAGCUGGGCAAAUGGGACUCUCCUAAACCAUUCUGUGUCUAUGACAGUAACUAUACAGGGAAGAAGAAACUGUACAUCGGAGCUCUGUUUCCCAUGAGUGGAGGAUGGCCCGGUGGUCAAGCGUGUCUCCCCGCUGCCCAGAUGGCGUUAGAUCUCGUGAACAACCGGACCGACAUUCUGCCGGACCACGAGCUGGAGCUCAUUUAUCACGACAGUAUGUGUGAUCCAGGAGAGGCCACUAAACUGCUGUAUGACUUGCUGUACACCGAGCCCAUAAAGAUCGUCUUGAUGCCGGGCUGCAGCUCUGUGUCUACGCUGGUGGCUGAGGCAGCACGCAUGUGGAACCUUAUAGUGUUUUCAUACGGCUCCAGUUCUCCAGCUUUAUCCAACCGCCAGCGCUUUCCCACUUUCUUCCGUACGCACCCGUCAGCAACUCUGCAUAAUCCCACACGUGUGCGGCUCUUCCAGAAGUGGGGAUGGACCAAGAUUGCCACCAUCCAACAGACCACUGAAGUUUUUACCUCAACUUUGGAUGAUCUGGAGGAGCGUGUGAAGGAGGCCGGCAUCGAGAUAAGCGUUAGACAGAGCUUCCUCACGGAUCCCGCGGUGGCUGUCAAAAACCUGAAGCGUCAAGAUGCAAGAAUCAUAGUCGGCCUCUUUUACGAGACUGAAGCCAGAAAGGUGUUUUGUGAGGUCUUCAAAGAGAAACUCUAUGGUAAGAAGUAUGUUUGGUUCCUCAUCGGCUGGUAUGCAGACAACUGGUUUAAGAUCAAAGAUCCAGCCAUCAAUUGCACAGUGGAGAACAUGACGGAAGCCGUGGAAGGGCACGUCACCACUGAAAUCGUAAUGCUAAACCCAGAGACCGUCCGCGGUGCCUCCAACCUGACCUCCCAAGAGUUCCUGGCCCAGCUGAUGUCACGUCUCGGGGGGAAGAACCCAGAAGAAACGGGUGGAUUUCAGGAAGCUCCGCUGGCGUAUGAUGCUGUGUGGGCUCUUGCACUGGCCCUCAAUAAAACGGUGGCCCCCCUUAGGGCCAAAGGCUGGACAUUGGAGGACUUCAACUACAACAACAAGGAAAUCACUGCUGAGAUUUACCGAGCCCUCAACACCAGCUCGUUUGAAGGAGUGUCUGGUCAUGUCGUGUUUGAUGCUCAAGGUUCACGUAUGGCCUGGACUCUCAUUGAGCAACUACAAGGUGGGAGCUACAAGAAGAUUGGAUACUAUGACAGCACAAAAGGCAACCUGUCCUGGUACGGAAACGACAAAUGGAUCGGCCUUGGUCCUCCGGCAGACCAGACUAAGGUGAUCGAAGAGUUCCGUUACCUUUCCCAGAAGCUCUUUGUGUCAGUGUCUGUCUUUGCCGGGCUGGGAAUCCUUUUGGGCAUAGUCUGCCUCUCCUUCAACAUAUACAACAGUAGCGUCAGAUACAUUCAGAACUCUCAGCCCUAUCUGAACAACAUGACAGCAGUGGGAUGUGUGCUGGCUUUAGCAGCUGUCUUUCCUCUGGGCAUCGAUGGCCUCCAUGUUCAUAGAUCACAGUUCCCUGUGGUCUGCCAGUUUCGCCUGUGGCUGCUAGGACUGGGCUUCAGUUUAGCCUAUGGCAGCAUGUUCACCAAGAUCUGGUGGGUUCACACCGUUUUCACCAAGAAAGAUGAGAAAAAAGAGAAGAGGAAGCACUUGGAGCCGUGGAAGCUAUAUGUGACUGUUGCAGUUCUGCUGGCUAUUGAUGUUCUCUCUCUGCUUAUCUGGCAGAUCAUGGACCCUCUGCACAUAACUGUGGAGAAGUUCACUAAAGAGGCUCCUAAAGAAGAUCUGGAUGUGUUGAUUCAGCCUCUUCUCGAGCACUGCAGUUCAGAAAAGAUGAACACGUGGCUUGGUGUGGUGUACGGCUACAAGGGACUUCUGCUGCUGCUGGGAAUCUUUCUGGCCUACGAGACCAAGUCCAUUUCCACAGAGAAGAUUAAUGACCACAGAGCAGUCGGCAUGGCCAUCUACAAUGUAGCUGUGCUGUGCAUGAUUACUGCUCCGGUGACCAUGAUCCUGUCCUCUCAGCAGGACGCCUCAUUUGCAUUCGCCUCUCUGGCCAUCAUCUUCUCUGUCUACAUCACGCUCGUGGUGCUCUUUGUGCCCAAGAUACGGCGUUUGAUCACUCGUGGCGAGUGGCAGUCGGAGCAGCAGGACACGCUGAAAACCGGCUCGUCCAACAACAACGAUGAGGAGAAGUCAAGACAGCUGGAGCGCGAGAACAGGGAACUCCAGAAGAUCAUUCAAGAGAAGGAAGAAAGAGUGACGGAGCUGCGGAAUCAGCUCGCAGAACGUCAGGCCUUGCGUUCUCGCAGACGCCCGUCCGUCCAGAAUCAGAACCAGAACCACAGCGUCCCGUCGUCUCAGGCUGAACCCCCCAGCUACUCCCCCGCAAAGGACAAACACUCCCUGCCUGCGUCCUUCUCCAAUUCUUCCAACCUGUACCAAGGCGAGGGCAAACUGAGCCGAAACAACUGCCACAACAGCCGUCUACCCCUGCUGUACAAAUGAGUACAAAUCCAGGACGGUGGAAUCUCAAGAAGGCAAUGUAAAGUUGUGUUUGUAGUUUAUGGACUUUAAUUGAGUUUUUAAUUCAGCUUUUCCUGACAUUCACUUUUGAUAAUUCCCUAUCUCUGUUAUAAAAACACAUUAUUUUAAACUCUAUUUAUAUGAGUCCAUUCAUAUAAAUUCAAAAGGUUUGGGUCAGUAAGUUUUUUUAAUUGUCAAGGCUACAUUUAAUUGAUUGGUAAAUACAGUAGAAAGUAACAUUGUGAAAUAUUAUAACCAUUUAAAACCGUUUUCUAUUUUAAUAUGAUUGAUUUAUUUUCAGCAUCAUGUUGCAUAUUCAGUAACAGAGACCAGUGAUGUCAGGAUAUAACUCUGCAGUCCUUGUCCAUUAAUCAAACCUUCUUUAAAGGAAUGUUCUGGAUUCAGUACCAGCUGAAUUGACAGCAUGUGUGGUGUAAAGCUGAAUAGCACAACAACAACAACAACAAAAAAAAUUGACUUGUCCCUAUUUUUCGAAACAUUUACAGUGGAAGUUAUUGGGGUCAGUUUUUGGAGAACUUAAAACCAGAAAUGUCAAGCUUGUAAUUAUGCCACAGUUGUAAAAUUCAAUAUAAUUAUACACCGAAAAGGUCAGUUAGCAAUUUAAGACACUAAAUCAUGUAAACAUGCAUACUGCUUAUAUCAUAUGACUUGACUUUUGAAACAGUGAGUAUUUAAGGUCAACAUAAAAUAAAAAUUCGCCUUAUCUGUGUCCUAAAAUGCAUGUUAUUGCGAACAAUUCAUCGGUUUACAUUGUGACCUCAUUAUGUUAAGUCAAAAUGUAGAAAACUAGACCUUCUAUUGAAAACGUCAGACUUUUCUGUGAUCGCAUAUGCUGGACUUAGUCUAAUCGAUCAGAAACCACUACGUAGAACCGAGUACCACCCUGCAUUUCUUCCGUUUCGCUAAUACAUUGCUCUCGGAUGUAAUUGACAAUACGGAGGAAAAAAGAUCAGUUGCUACAUCUGUUUUAUUGCAACUUGAAACAGUUUGGCCUCAAGUACUUCCAUUGUAAAUGUCUCAUUGUAAGCUUUUUAUAUAUACAAGCAAAAGAGGGACAAAUGGGAAUCAGGUUAGCUGAUGAACAUUUUCAGUUGAGCUUAACUUGUACUGAAUCUGUAAUAUUCCUUUAGGAGCAAGGUCUAACUGCUGACUGAAUGUUAGAGAUUCUGGUUGAAGCAGGAGUGAAGACGAGCUGAGUUUCUUAAAUCAGGUUUGUUCACUGCUAUUAUUGUGCCCAUGCCCUUGACUUAAAUUGGACUUCUUCAAGGGGAACUGACUGUUUUUGCAAUUGGACCUCUGUAAAUCCCUUCAGAUUAAGCGUCUUUUAAACACUGGGACAGGAGUGUUAAGGAAGGAUUGUGUGGGUGCUGGAGCCAGACGCGGUCAAACAUUUCUUUGAAUUAUUUUGUUGAGUGACAGCGAAGGAAGAAGAGCACGUCUCCGUGCUUCGCUUAGCAUUUGAUGAGACUGUCACUUUAAUGAGACAGACCUUGCUCUGUGCCAGCAGACGGUAUCAGAUGAAUCGUUCUCUCUCUCUCAUCCAGUUCACAAAGGAAAUGAGACAAGGUUUUAGUUGCACCUGUGAUUUACUUACUCCUAAAGGUGUUUGACCCGAGUCUGGUCGAUACUCUAUUUUCCUCGUAUGCUUUCUCUCCUUUAAUCCCUGCGGCCGUGUGCCAGGGUGCUUUAAUGGCUGUUCUGUCCUUGUCUCACCCUCUCUGACUCCCUCUCUGACUGUUUUUACGACCGUAGUAUUAGAAGUGAAGUGAAGUGAAAUGGAAAAGAAUGAAAGAAGAGUCUGUUUUAGUUUGGACUGUAUUUGCAUCCCUCUUAUUAGCAUACAGUCGCGAUGCAAGAUACUUUUGAUUAGAUCAUAGCUAAUGGCUUAUUUGUUUGUCAAAUCACCUGCGAUGUUUGUGAUUUGUGUGUUACGUCACAGUUUGAGUAAAAAAAAAAAAAAGACACGCACAGGCCUCUAAACAAGCUUCUGUAGCUUUUGCACUUUUGGGCCAAAUCAAACAAAAACACAUCUCACAUCAUACAUCACAUCUAUCUCGAAAUUUAUAAAAAAUUUUACCAUAUAUUGAUAUUGAGUAAUGUUAUGCCUUUAAUGAAUAACAGUAGACAAAUGAGUGCUCUUUACACUUGUAUUCCUCCAGAUUAUACAUUUCUUCCCCCAAAUUCAAGACCAUUACUUGGUCUGUGCAAUAUUUUUAUUAAUAUAUUUAUUGUUUUUUUCAAGUUAAAGUGUUAAAUUUUUUUUAUGGUUAAAAAACUAUAAUUUUGUGCCUCUUUCAAGGAACAGUAAACAAAUAGUCUUCACCGUAGUUUAUAUGUGUUGUAAGGAUGAUACCACUCUUUUUGUAAAAUUUUUAAAUGAUAUUUAUUACCAUUCUGUAACAUUUAAAAUGAAAUGUUAUGCUUGGAGACUUUCUUAAUUAUGUAUCACCUCAUAAACACUGUCAUAGUGGCAGAAAAUCGUAGAAACUAUAACCAUAUCUAGAUCUAUAAAAAUUUUAUUGACUCUCUCCUCUUGCAUUUUUACAAAAAAAUAUUAUUAAGUGUAGUCAAUGCUUAAACUUUUGUACCAGUGGACAAUAUCUAUGUAUAUUUAGAAUUAUUGCAAUAUUAAAGUGGUUUAAUAUUUAUUUAAAUGAAUUAAAUUAAAUUAAAUUAAAUUAUAUCCUAUGGUAAGACAAUCACGUAAUACUUGUUUACACAAUAAUAUAAUAUUUGGGGAUUUUAACUUAAGUUGUGCAUUGUUGCAUGUUUCAUUCUUGUAUGAAAAGUACUCAAGUAUAAACUAACUAACAAGUAGUGAUUCUCAGUUGGUUACUGGACAGCUAGGCAUGGUACAGAACAUCAUUUCCUUCUAUAUAUCAGCAUUCUAGUAAUGUAGCUCAGGGUGUGACUAUACUGUAACACUUGACACACGGUAGAGGUACAAUCUGUGAUUACUGAAACAGUGCCUUUUGAAUGGAUGGGAGAGGUUCUUUGUAAACAUCUGAGUGGAGUCACUACUGACGUACACGGGAGGGUGGUUCUUAUUCUGAGGCAUUUAUUUCUCUACUGACUCUGUGGUUGUAGCAGUAAUGGAUUUUCCUUCAAUUUGUUUAACUGUCAGGUGUGUGCACUAUACCACAAGGAUUUUUGGCUUGUUUUUGAUACUUCACAGCAUAUAAAAGUAAUUAAUGUAAUUAAUUCCCAUGUAAUUUUUCAACUGAAAAAAAAACUGUAUGUGUGUUAAGUUUUAGAAAGUUUCUCUAAUUAUGCAAACUUUGUGGAUGUCAACAUUCAAUAAACUCAUUACUUUGCACUGAGA